AUGACCUCUUUCAACCAAAACUCUCAUCAUCAUCACUACUCGGGAUAUCCUCGUCAAUGGUUAUCAUCUUGUCUUUCCCCAUCGCCACAAUCAACACCCCAUUCCGAAUCCUCUUCUUCCAAAACAAGAACAACCUCUUCUCCAAUUUCCAUUUUGAGUUACAACCUACUCGCUCAAAGUCUUUGUAAUCGAAGAGGCACACAGAGCUAUCUCACUCCCGAACAAGCCCGUUGGUCCUUCCGAAAAAACAAACUCUUGAAUGAAAUUGCUUAUUUAAAUAUGGAUAUCAUUUCAUUACAGGAAGUUGACUUUUACGAUUCAUUUUGGGAAAUGGAAUUACAAAAAUUGGGUUAUUCCACACUCUACAGUCCUCAAUUUAAUUUUGAAAAAAAUCAUCGUCCCAUGCCUUAUGGACUUGUGAUUGGAUAUAAAAAGGACAAGUUUCAUUUAUUGAAAUCGAAAGUGGUGGAUUAUCGAUUGCAGUCGUUGGAAUUGAUGACUCCGAGGACAAAUGAGCAUUUGGAUCCACACAACAACAACCUCCACACAACAACCAUUGGCGAGAAUUCUUGCAAUCCUCAUGAUCCAAUCAAUAUGAACGGUGCAACUUGUUUGCCUCCAAUGACCAUUCUCGAACAGUGUGAAAUGAAUCAAAGUGGAAAUAUUACCUUAUUAGCAGUCUUGCAAUGUGUUGCCAAUGAAUCCACCAAAGAUCGUCGUGGAAUCAUCUUAUCGAAUACUCACUUGUAUUGGAGACCUGAAAGUAAUGCGGUGAGAGUGAGACAAGAAUUGAUACUCUUGCAUGAAAUGAAUGAACUCUUUAAGGAAUUUAAUGAUUCUUCUGAGAAUGUGUUUGAAUUGGUGUUGACAGGAGAUUUCAAUACUUCACCGAAUGAUUUACCUUAUAUUUUACUCACCACAAGAAAUCCUCAAUAUGGUUGUGGUGGCGACAAUGAUGAAAAUGGAAUUGCCUUAGAUGAAAAUGGAAAGAAAUUUUGGGAUGCAUUUAACCAAAGUGAGCGUAUGGCAUCUGGCAGCAGCAGCGAUGAAAUGUAUGACAUUGAAAAAGAUCCUCUCGUUCCUUACUUUCCCAUUGUUGAAUGGGCAACAGAGAAAUGCAAAGAAGAAUUUAUUCAGAGAGAUCGAUUCUCCUUCACACAACAACCAGUCGACUCUUCUUCACAAGUGGUGCUUCCUCCUAUUGACACUCUUAAUGAGACGCUAUUUGAACGCUACUAUUUCGAUCAACAAGUGAAGAGACUCGAAAACAUUCGACAAUGUGUGAACCAUAUUCAUUUACAUUAUCCAUUAUUGCAUUCGGUAUACACUGAAUAUUCAAAUUGUACAUUCACAUCCAAUGAAGAAGAAGAUAAGCUCCACACGACGACCACCACUUUAACCAAGAGUACGAAUGGUACUUUUUCUUCAACUCUUUCCAUGCAGAAACACAUUGAGGAAAUGAAAGUCCAUUCUCGAUGGUCCAACCAUGAACUCUAUUACACAACCUUUACUCCAAAAUUCAUUUCCUCCUUAGAUUACAUUAUGGUAAGGAAGCAGGCAUUGAAGAAAUUGAAAGGUUUCAGUGGUGAUGAUGGUGAACAUGAUGCAUUAUUACCAUCCUGCUCCUCAUCCUUAUUUCGAAAGACCAUCCAACUCUGUGCUUUGUUAUCCAUACCGACACCUCACGAGAUUCACCAAGGACAAGAAGAGCAGAGCCCUCUUCAUCAUGGCCACCACCAUCCUCCUCACACACCUGGAAUUUCGAACCUUUCCGUGGCCAGUAUUGAAACCUCCAGAGAUAAUCUGGAACACACACAUGAAACUUCAAAGGUUCAUCUCCAAGAGACGAACGUUAAGCUCUCGAAACAGCAACACUUCAUUCCAAACUCAAUCCAUGCCUCCGACCACUUUUCGCUCGCCGUUCGUUUGGCUUUUGUUGAGUAG